AUGUCUUUUGAUGAUGACCUUGCAUCUGCCUUGUCAAUUUCAAAAUUACCACCGGCCUUCUUAGAAUUUCUUCAGGCCAAUGAAAUUGAUCCUCAAAUAUACACAAUUCGUGACUUACCGCGAUAUAUUCGGCUGAAUACACAACAUUCACGAUUACCAACACGUGAGGAACUAGAAGAACAACUUGGGACAAAAUUAUGGAGCGUUGAUGGUAUCGAUGGGUUUUAUGGGUUGAAUGGAAGGAGUAGAAUUGUCGAUUGCAUAGCUUACAAAGAAGGAAAGAUAUUUGGAAUUGACUUAAGCUCGGGAAUAGCAGUUUGCGCACUUGACAUACAACCAGAUGAUCAUAUAUUGGAUCUAUGUUGUGCCCCGGGGGCUAAACUAUGCAUGGCAUCGAAUAUAUUGGGCGUUAGUGGUUGCGGCACGAUUACCGGGGUAGACAUUUCACGUGAACGCAUAUCCACAUGUCGCAGUUUAAUAAAGAAAUAUAAGAUAGGUCGUGCCAGGCUAUUCAUCGCGGAUGGCACUUCUUUUAGUGUCCUUGCUCCAUCCUUUUUGGAUCCGAUCCGGCGAAUGAAUGGUGAAAAUUGCGUUGCAGAAGUUACUUCUAAAUCACGUGACGGGAAGUUUAAAGUCCAGGAAAAUGGGGAACUUCAACAAGACCCACUUCAACCAUUUUGGGCACCAAAAACAUUAAGAAAUGACCCACAGAUAAGGUCACCUGAAUUUUUGUACGAUAAGGUUAUUGUCGAUGCAGAAUGCACGCACGAUGGGUCAAUCUCACAUAUUCUUAAGGCAAGUAAUUAG